AAUGUGACCAAAAAAUUAGCACAUGAUUUAUUUCAUAAUCAUAGACAGGCUAGCGAUGAAGAGAUAAAAGAGCAACUUAAAGAAAUAUUAGAAAAUAAUGAUGAAUAUAAGGAAAAUCUACAAAAAUUAAAUGAAAAAGAUGUUUCGUUUAACAAGUUUUGGAGCAAUAAGCUUUAUUCAGAAGCAUAUAAUGACUUAUACAACUCCUGUGACCCAGAUGAUCCAAAUUCUGACAUAUUUCUUUCAUUAAUCAUAAAAUAUAUUUUUGUUUCCAAUGAAGAACGUACCCAAGCAAAUGCUAUUUGGACCCAAGCAGUUCUGGAGACUAUUUUUGAUAAGGAAUAUCUUUCACCAAAAAUUAAUAGAAAUGUCAUCGAUAUGUGGAUUCAGAAGCUUUUGAACCCUGAGGAUAAUGAAAAUGAUACUAUUAUACAAAAAGGUCCUGCAAGUUUUUGCGCAAGUUCUCCCGCAAUAUCAGAAGCAGCGAUUCAAGAAAAUUAUGAAUUAUUUAGUGGUGAUGAUAAUGAAAAUGAUUGUAGUAGUGAUAGCAAUUAUGAGGAAGAUUAA